AUGACUGAUCCUUCGCCCCCGAAACGUGGGCUCGUCGUCCCCAUGGAGAAAGAUGGAUCCGACUUCCUGUCCCAAGAGAUUGAGUCGCUUUAUCUGGAGUUGGAAACGCCACUGCCCACGCCGAGUAUCACGCUGCCCCCGGGUCCUGGCCAAACCGCGCCGCCAGAGCCCCCAAAUCUAGAGAAAUACACGUCUCCUUUUCUAUGGCCCCGAUGGCGGAAGUCGCUCAUGACAUAUAUUUCGUGCGCGGUUACCGCGCUGGCCGGUUACUCCGCCGGUGAGGUGAGCCCGGCCUCGGAAGAGCUGUGCGAAGAAUGGGGCAUCAGCUCAGUGGUAUAUAAUCUGAGUAUUACUGUGUUUUGCAUCGGUUUCGCCCUGGCUCCAAUGGUAUUGGCGCCGUUUUCAGAGAUUAAUGGGCGAAGACCCAUCUUCGUUGCGAGUGGUGUUUUGUUUGUGGUCUGCUUGAUCGCGUGUGGUGGAACCCAUUUGUUUGCUGGACUACUCGUUGCCCGUUUCUUUCAGGGCGUCGGCGGAUCAACCUUCUCCACCAUGGUUGGCGGCGUAAUCAGUGAUAUUUACCACUCGGAGGACCGAAACACCCCAAUGGCUCUCUUCUCAGGCUCCGCUUUAUUCGGAACUGGUCUAGCACCCCUGCUGGCUGGGGUGGUGGUAACGCAUACCUCUUGGCGCUGGAUUUACUACUCACAUGCGAUUGUCUCGGCGGCUUUUGUGGCCAUCAUCUUUUUCUUUUUCAAGGAAACGCGUGGCAGUGUCCUGCUGAGUCGGAAAGCCAAUGCUUUGAAUACAUAUUAUGAAAAGCUCGAGAAGGCCGGUCAUUACGGCGUGAUUGUUCCAAGUGACGAUGAAGGCGGAACCACCAUCAAGCGAAUUCGAUGGAAGGUAAAGAGCGACGAGCAGCGAGCUUCUUUGGCUACGAUGAUUCAAAUAUCUCUUUACCGGCCGUUUCACAUGCUCGUCACCGAGCCAGUUGUCUUCUUUUUCUCACUUUGGGUGUCCUUCAGCUGGGCUACCCUCUAUCUCCAGUUCAGCUCCGUGCCGCUUGUCUUCCGUACAAAUCACGGCUUCAACGUUGAGCAGACAGGUGCUGUUUUUACCGCGAUGUGCGUUGGCGUGGUGCUCAUCACCAUCAUCAGCAUAUCGCAAGAAAAAAUUGCGAUGCGAUUCGGCAAGCUCUCAUCUUCCGCCGAGGGACGUCUUUAUUUUGUCUGUGUUGAAUCUAUCUUGUUGCCGAUCGGCCUCUUCUGGUUUGGAUGGACAUCGUUUCCCUCCGUACACUGGAUUGUUCCAUCCAUAGCCGUGGGAUGUGCAACGAUGGGUAUUUUCUCCAUCUAUCUCGCCACGUUUAACUACUUGGCCGAUACAUACCACCGCUACGCUAGUUCUGCGAUCGCGGCUCAGUCAUGCUGCCGAAAUCUGCUUGGCGGUGUUUUCCCCCUGGUGACAACUGCCAUGUUCACCAACCUCGGCUAUCCUGGAGCCUCGAGCUUGCUCGGCGCCAUUGGUGCCGUACUAACACUUGUCCCCUGGGUGCUGGCGUUCUAUGGACCGCGCAUUCGGGCCAAGAGCAAGAUGGCAUCUGAACUUGCCCAUUAA